CUUUGCAUGCCAAAUUAAACAAUCAUCAUCAUUCAUCAUAACCUCUCACACACACACUCAUUCAUAUGUUACUACUUGUCAUCCCAUCUUCUUCUAGUUUAAUUAUUUGUGAUUGAUCAUGGCUGAGGAGAACAAGAACGUCGUCGACACCCCCACCACCGAUGAGAUUGAGAUCAAUGACCGUGGGGUUUUUGAUUUUCUCGGAAAGAAAAAGGAACAAGAUCAUCAAAAACCUCAGGGGAAGGAGGAGGAGGAGGUGAUCCUCACUGAGUUUGACAACGUCAAGGUUUCCAAUGAGGAGGAGAAGAAGAACCACAGCCUGUUGGGCAAAUUUCACCAAUCCAACAGUAGUUCCAGCUCUUCCAUUGAUGAAGAGGAGGAGGAGGUUGGAGAAGAUGGAGAAAAAAAGAAGAAAAAGGAAAAUAAGGGAUUGAAGGAGAAGAUUCAGGAAAAGAUCGGAGGUGAGAAGAAGCAUGACGACGUGGACACCUCGGUUCCUGUUGAGAAAGUGGAGGUUCAUCAUCCAGCUGUAGCAGUAACACACCAUGAGGCUGAGUCGACGGAGGAAAAGAAAGGCUUCCUUGACAAAAUUAAGGAGAAGCUGCCAGGUCAGCACAAGAAGACAGAUCAACAGGGUGAUCAGGUACCCCUAUCAUCAUCAUCAUCAGGGGCAGGGCAUGAAACUGAAACUGCUACUGAAGCUGAAGGAGAAGCCAAGGAGAAUAAGAAGGGUCUUCUUGACAAGAUCAAGGAAAAACUUCCUGGUUAUCACUCAAAGCCAACUGAAGACAAGGAAAAGGAAACCCCGGGUACUGCUCAUUGACGAUGAUCAGAUCACCAGUCUCUGUUUUGUUUUGUAAGGAUCGGAGGAUUUGUCUUGCUUUAAUUUUGUUUGUUUGAUUUUAUCAUGGCCUUAAUUAUGGUAUUGUUGGUGUUUCUAGACAUGUACUACUUCAUGUAUAUGUAUAUAUGGAGUGUACUGUCUAUAUUUAUUUCCUUUCAUUUUUAGCAAAAAUGGAAAUGAAAAUAUGUAUUAUUGAAAGCAAACACUACUACAGAUUUGACCUUUUGCCACGCCCCAAUUGUCACGGUUGUAGGCGGAACCGUGACAAAAGGUCAAUUAUCACGGUUAUAAACGGAACCGUGACAAAAGGAAAUAAUAUUUUAUUAUUAUUUUUUUGGAACCGUGACAACAGAAGUUUUUUUUAAACACAGACAAAAUCUGGCUCUUA